GCAUUCAAGAGGUGGGAAAAGCAGAAUGGAGUCGAACCAAGACUUCCAGGCAUUCACUUAACACACGAUCAGCUAUUCUUCUUGAAUUACGCUCAGAUAUGGUGCGGUUCUAUGAGACCAGAGGAUGCUCUGAGCAAAGUUAGGUCGUCUGUGCACAGUCCCGGGCCCAUUAGAGUAUUGGGUCCGUUAUCCAACUCAUAUGACUUCGCAAAUGCAUAUAAAUGCUCGCCGGGAUCGAGGAUGAACCCCCUCAAGAAGUGUUCCGUUUGGUAGUUGUCGUAGUUUUGGCACUUUCCACGUUUCCGGUCCUUCUCAU